CUACGCGACACACACACACCAUCACUGCGCUGCGCUACUCUACUCCCCACCACCGCCGCCACCCAAGAGCUUUCCUCGCUGCACAAGAAAUGGCCACGAACCAUCUCUCCCAAGGGCAGCACCAGCACCCGCAGGCCUGGCCCUGGGGCGUGGCCAUGUACACCAACCUACACUACCACCACCAGCAGCACCACCACUACGAGAAGGAGCACCUGUUCGAGAAGCCGCUGACGCCGAGCGACGUGGGCAAGCUCAACAGGCUGGUGAUCCCCAAGCAGCACGCCGAGAGGUACUUCCCUCUCAGCAGCAGCGGCGCCGGCGACAAAGGCCUCAUCCUGUGCUUCGAGGACGACGACGACGACGAGGCUGCCGCCGCCAACAAGCCGUGGCGGUUCCGCUACUCGUACUGGACCAGCAGCCAGAGCUACGUGCUCACCAAGGGCUGGAGCCGCUACGUCAAGGAGAAGCAGCUUGACGCCGGCGACGUCGUGCGCUUCCAGAGGAUGCGUGGUUUCGGCAUGCCCGACCGCCUGUUCAUCAGCCACAGCCGCCGCGGCGAGACUACUGCUACUGCUGCAACAACAGUGCCCCCCGCUGCUGCUGCCGUGCGCGUAGUAGUGGCACCUGCACAGAGCGCUGGCGCAGACCACCAGCAGCAGCAGCAGCCGUCGCCUUGGAGCCCAAUGUGCUACAGCACAUCAGGCUCGUACUCGUACCCCACCAGCAGCCCAGCCAAUUCCCAGCAUGCCUACCACCGCCACUCAGCUGACCAUGACCACAGCAACAACAUGCAACAUGCAGGAGAAUCUCAGUCCGACAGAGACAACAGGAGCUGCAGUGCAGCUUCGGCACCGCCGCCACCGUCGCGGCGGCUCCGGCUGUUCGGCGUAAACCUCGACUGCGGCCCGGGGCCGGAGCCGGAGACACCAACGGCGAUGUACGGCUACAUGCACCAAAGCCCCUACGCUUACAACAACUGGGGCAGUCCAUACCAGCAUGACGAGGAGAUUUAAGAUUAUGCCUGCAGAAUCCAAACAGCCAAAGUAGUAGCAGUAGUAGUUGCUAGCAGCAGCAGCAGCCGCCUAGUACUACUUGCACACGAAGUGACAGGAUUGAAUUGACCUGUACACGGGGAGAAAAAAAAAGGAAGGAAGGAAGUGGAGAGAGAUCCCUUGUUUCCCGGGCAAUCUUCCUUCCAUCCCCGCCCCCAGAAGAAUGCUGCUGCCUUUUUGCUGUUCCGUUUUUUUUUUUUAAUUUUUAUUUUCUUCUCCAUGGCUUCCAGAAAACCCUACUUACUGUAGGGGAUCUGGUAGCAGGGGGCCGGGCAUGCGUGGGAGGUUUGCAGGAAGCAUCAAGCUGCCAAGGAGCUGGAACGAGAGACAACAGACAGAGAGAGAUGUGUGUGUAUGUAUGUGUGUGUCAUCUGUACCUAUAUGUCUUAAUUUGUGGGUCCGAUAGAGAACAAACUGUGAAGUUGAUGUGUGUGCCUGCCUGCCUCCUGAAGAAACAAUGCAAUAUCCCCAUGGGGAUUUUGUUC